CGGCCGAAGCCACCCGGCGUUGUCAGCAACGGCCGCAGGGCAAAGCGGGCGGGGAGGGCGGCGGGCGGGAGCCGGGGCGGGAUGGGGGCGCGGGAGUGAGCGGGCCGAGGAGCUGCGCUGCGGCCACGGAGACCGAGGGUGCGGAGGGAGCGGCGGGAGGAGCGGCAGGUUAACAAGACUUUAAGUAAUAUGGAGCAGGGCUCAGAAAUUUUUCAGGAACAGGCUCUCACUAAAGCCUCUUCAUGUGAAGCUGAACUUCAGGAUUUAGUGCAUCAAGUUGACAUCAUAGUAAACAGCAAGAAAGUAGAAUGGGAAAGGAAGAUGAAAGCUUUUGAAGCACAGAUGGAUAUUCAGCAUCAAGAAUUAGCAAGUGCCCAAAGCAAACUGGAUCAAAAAGGUCAAGAGGUGGAACUACUUUGUCAGCAACUGGAAAACUUACAGAAAACGAACUGUGAAAUGGCUCAGAAUUACGAAACUCAGCUUUGUGCACUUAAAUCUCAAUUUUUGAAGCUGACACAUAGUUAUGACAAGCUAUUAAAACAAAAAAAUCGUCAAAGUAGAGAAAUAAGUAAAGAAAGCCCAGAGACAUCAUUUCAACUGAACAAUUUAAACAAGAAACUGGAGGAAUUUAAAGCAAAAUCAAGAGAAUGGGAUAAGAAAGGGACAAUCUGCCAAAAUCAUCUCAUUUAUUUAGAUGCUCAGCAAAGAUUAUUGUCUGAGAAAUGUAAUUUGUUUCAGAAGCAAACUCAGAGUUAUCAAUUCCAGAUAAGCAAUAAGAAACAAAACCAGGAAGAGAUUAUUAAAUAUGGCCAACCUGAAAGAGAAAAGGAUGGGUUAGUUGUUGAAAAGCUAAGGGCAGCAGUGAGUGAAAUGACAAUAAGCAGGAAUAGACUAGAAGAGGAAAAUCUGAAACUCCGUGAGGAUCUAAAAAUGUUCCAAAGCCAGUGCCAGAACAUAGAGGCAAGCUUUUUGGAGAUGAGAAAUGAGCUGCAAUCACGGGAUGCUCUCUGGAGAAAGAUACAACUGGAAUGCCAACAGUUGCGUGCAGAACUACUGAAAAUCAGAGAGCAUAAGGAUGUGCAGGAAAUGCAUCGAUCAUCCUUUGUACAACUUACUGAGCAAUCAGAAAAUAAAAAUGCUGAUUUAUUACUACAGGCACAGAAUCAAAACAGCCAACGAGAAGUGCUAAGCAAGAUAAGAAACCAUCUCUAUCGAGAGGAGCCAUCACAUUGCUCUGAGCAGGAAAGAAUAAGGACAGAAAUCUCUGACCUGACAGAAGAGCUUCAUCAGAAGGAGAUCACUAUAGCAACUAUCAUGGAGAAAGCUAGUCUUCUGGAAAGACGAUUAAAAACGGAGUUACAGAUAAAAGACAAAUUGCUAGCCAAACAACAGUUGUUGAAUUUCAGAUACAAAGUUAUCAAAUCUGAAAAUACACAUCUAAAGGAGAUCAUGGAAAAUCAGAAGUAUAAAAGUUGUAUGAGUAUCGAUUUAUCUAACAAAAAACAUGGAGAUUUCACAGCUUCUAUUCAAAAACUGGAACAUGAGAAUGCGAGAUUACAAAACAGUCUUGUUAAACUACAGAAUCACGCAGAAACACUGAUGCUGAGUGGGGUGGAUAAACAUGGAGAAACAGAGCACAGCUACCAAACCCAUUCAAAGAUGCAAGAAAAGGAAGAGAGAACUUUCCAAAAUGAAGAUGAAAGGCAUAUGAAACUUCAACAGACUGCUAUAUUCACAGCCAGUGAAUACCAUAGAAACUGUAGUCCUACUUCACAUGGCCAAGGUGAUAUCAGUGGUUCCAAAAGUGAUCGCACUUUAUCUCAUCACAAACUUGACAGAGGUCGUGAAAUGGAACUAGAUGAUAAAUCUCCAUCACCAGCAACAGAGCAUCCUUUGUGUUUUGGUGGACUGUUUCCUGAAAAAGGCAGAACGGGUAUUUUAUUAAGCCAUGCUUACGAUGCAGAAGAAAUCAAAUUACCAUCUUCUCCUGAGACAUCCUUCCUUGCAACAACUGAAAAGUUCCUUCAAGAGGAAGAGAAACAUACCAAAGAGUUUGAAGAACGUUUAAAUUCACACCUUGAAGAACUGCAAAGACUUUCUGAAAACACUCUUAAAAAAUACACGGGGCUACAGCAAAGUGUAAGAGGAAGAGCACAACCCUGCAGAACGCAGUCAGUCCCUCAGACAGCCAUGACCUGGGUGCAGGACUUGGGCAAGCACAGGAGCAGCACUAAGCUCCCACAGGGUCUGCUAUCCAAGGCACCUGGCACCUCAUGCCCUGAGGGCCUGGCUCCAAGGAGAGGGCUUCCAAAAAAAACCCUGAUUGUAACAGCUUCUAUCCAACUGCAGCAGGCCCCAAAGGAGCAAAAUGUUCUGUGCAGUCACUUGUGUGGGUGACAAAGAUGGAUAGAGCAGAGAUUUGCCGACACGACUGAAACAGCUGAACCCUAAAGAGCAAAUCUGCCCGGAAGAUUACGGUAACACUUUAAUCCCAACCACAUCCUCCCUCCCUCCCCCACAGCCACUUCCAGCAGCACAAAAGCAGCCUCCUGGUGGAGGGAAUAUUCCAGUUGCAGGACAGUUCCUUCAGCCCCUGAAGCUCUGUGGGAGACGGAGAAACAAGUGUUACCUGCUUAAAAACUAAACUUCUAAUUUAUACAAGGUGUCUCCUUCAUGCAACAAGAGCAACCAAAGCCAGAGAGGAAUCCCUGGGUAGAGCUCACAGUGACACAAGUAACUUCUGCUGCUGUGCUAUCAGAUGCUCUGGGUCACCCAGCCCAGUGCUUUUCAACAGAAGUUACAGAGCAGAGUGGAAGCACAGCUGAAGAUAAUGCUGGGAAUGUUACAUUUGAAAGCUUCGUGUUAUUGUGACACUGCCAUCAUUUCAGACAGCGCCAAGAAUGGAGAAAAGCAUUAAGAGAGAAAUUGUUGCUCUGUGAAAAAUGGAUUUUCACAUUACAGCAUGAAGCCAUUCUUAACACCGUAAGAAUUCACCUCAGUCUAUUUCACCAUAGCAAAGAAUGAUGAUUAACAAAUCCAAGCAACUCUGUUUUCAAGGGUAAAGGCUUUUAAUUGCACACAUAAUGACAUGGAACUAUUAAGUUGCUGUCUAAAGUCACUUCAACGUUAUUUUUUAUUGAAGAUGUUCGGCUUUUUUUUCCCCCCGCAUUACAGACUGAAUCUGAAUUGACCCAUCAUUACUGCAGCAUCACAUUUACUGUAAAUGUAGCUUUGAGAGUCUCCAAACUACUCACAGCAUUUGGAAAAUGAAAGUCGUCAUUGAAUACUGCCAGAAAGUCAGGGAUUGCAAGGCUGUCAAAGCAAAAAGCCACUUCAGUACAGUUUUCACUAUUCAGAGGACUUGGAUACAACAAGUAAUCUGUAUUAGAAGCAAGAAGCCAUGGAUUUCUGCAUCUGCAAAGGUAAAGUUAAACAGAGACGAGGCGAUGGUAUUUCAGCACAUCCAGCGUUGCAGAGCAAUCCAAUCUGCCCUGCAUGCAGCACAGAAGCAUGAAGCGAACAGAGUGAAAAAUAAGCAGACAAGUCCUCUUGCACUGUGAACCGGUGGGCAACAAGUAAUAUCUUCCUUUGUAGAUAAACAGUCAGUAUCAAGACAACUUUUGCAACAGGCAAACUGAUGAAGAAACAGGACUAGCGCUUCCUGAAAACAAACAGGUCAUUUCUGUCACUGCAUGAAUUCAGUUCCCAUGGGAGCUCUAAAGAAAACCUCGCCAUUCUCCAUCCACACAGCCACAGAUGAUCCUGCACAAAAAUGCAGUAAACCACAACAGCCAGCAUAUGACUUCACAUUGUGUGUUUGCUCAGCUGUUUUCCUAAAAACGAAUUUUCUCAGCUGUUCCUGACAAUAAUCCUUCGGAUACAAAACAUGGAUCUCCCCAUUGUAUUAACAGAAAUUCAGACAGUUUCUAAACAGCCACAUUAAAUAAAUAAAGCAGUCACCAGUGUCAAACUCCCUAAAAUCCACCGAUUCACUCCCAGCACUUGGCCUCUGACAGAGUGUGCAGCACAAAUAGCAGAGCAUGAACAUAUCAUCUAUGUUUUCCAACGGUGCUGCGCUGGGGCCACGAGCCCACCAAGACCUGGGCUGUCACUGAUAACUCAAUGCCACAAACAACUGUCACCACAGGGCCACAGCCCUCCUCCUCUGGGCUGCUGAUGACCUAGAUGGGAAAUUCUCAUUUCUUAUGUGCCAGCAUGUGUUCUUACUUCUCCAAUUCAAACUACUGUGAGACAGCAUCACUAUAAACAUGUUUGAAACAGAGCCCUAAGAUACAGCGGGCAGAGCACCCACGAGUUUGAUGUUACAGUUUGGUAAUGCAAACAUGGGGGUUGAGCAACUGUCACUGCUUUUCAUUUUAAUUCUACUAUCAUUAAAACUUUAGCAUUGAAAAUUCAGUCCAAGCUAAAACUCAGCAGGCAAAAAAAAUCCACGGCCACAGCAAGGAUGGAUUGUUAAGCCUAAAAACAUAAAAACCCACAGGCGAGGGGAGCACGGCGUGGCAGUGGGGCUGUGUGUGUGGAGGGGAGCAAUGGAUUCUGACUGACAGGUGAGGAAAACUGGAAAACAGCUCCCAAGAUACCGGGACAAUAUCUUGAAACAGCAUCUGCGCUUCCUGACCAGGAGACAACCCAAGCACGCUGGACUCCAGCUGCUCACACAGCAACCCCUGGAGGAACAAAGGGAGAUCUCCCCCUUCUAGUUCAAGUUACAGAAGUAUCUGCAAUAGCAGAGAGUGAGACAGAUGUGUGCUGGGCUUCUGAGACCCUCCCAAGGCAGUCCUGCAGGAGAGAACGGGCAGCACUGUACUGACGGUGGAGCUCAUGGCAUUAUAAAGUCUUUCGGAGGUAUUUGCAGAUUUAAAGCAAAGUGGACGUAACAGCAGAGCCUGUUGAACAAGGUGUUGUGAUCUCAAACUCACUCCCUUCACAGCUUGUUUGAAGUUCUGGUUUUUCAAGCUUUUCUUGGCACAGAUGGGUUUUCAGCAGCAGGCUGAGGAAAGCCUGCUGGCACUGCGCCUGCCUUUCCCUGCUUGUCCACGUGCCAGGGGAGCACUGCGUGACAGCGGAGAUAAGGAAACCACACAGAAGUUCACCCAAACACAAGGGCUGAAGUGGGUGUCUGUGUUAAGGGAACCACUUUCAAAGUGCAUCCCAGGAAAGGGGACUCCUUCAGCUACUCGUUCUCCGAGCAGGGCAUGUGUUUGCAGCCUUGUGCAGAAAUGGCACGGCCAAUUUCAUUUCCACUUCUGUGGCCUUCUGCACACCCCUGUGUUUGAUCUGGGUAAUCAAAUCAUCAGUGAAUGAAACAAAAACCACCUUACAUUAGAACAGCACCAGUGGGAGGGCCGGGACGUUUCCUGGCAGCCAGAAAUUGACGCUUUGCCCAAAUUCCUUUCAAAUUACAGAAAUGUUCUCAAACAUCAGUGUGACAACAAUGCAAUCAGGACACCUUUUUUUCAGGGGAAAGGAAGAUAAAAAGUGUGGCUUGCAACAGAGGAUGGGUGUGGAGUUUUCUCUUCCUAUCACUAGUCUCAUUAAAAUCUCAUUCUGUUUACUUCCCAUCUGAAACCUGAAGUCUUAUUACAUUUCACUAAACAAUCCCACAUUAUUAUAAAGCAGCAGGCUCCCCUGCCAUGAUUGAUAGACUCUGUUUGCAAUUAUUUAAGGAGAAGGCACAUAAUUACAUACAGCUGAAUUAGGCUGAUCAAAUCCCUGUUAGUGUCUGUCAAUUUACACAUAAUAGGACAGUGUGACAUUAAUGUAAACUAAUUCAAAUGCAGAAAGUUUAAUUAAGACCUAAAAAAAAAAAAAA